GUGCUCGGCAGCCCAGUGGGCGCGGACCGGUCGGUCUUCCUGUGCGCGGUGGAGCUCUGCCAGACCGCCGUGUCGAAGCUCGCGCCGUCGCUGUCCGGGCUGGACAUCAACAUGGGGCUGGGAAAGGUGUUCCCCACCUUGAUGGAGCGGAGUUCGAUGUCCGGCGUCAUCGACGUGAAGGUGGGCGUUGCUGGUGACAAGCUCGUGAGAGAGUUGGCGCAGCACCCGAAGGUCGGUUGCGAGGCGGUCACAAAGAUGGUCAUCACGUCCAUCAGCCGGAGCGAGAUGCCCAUGCGCUCGGUGGUAUUGCUGCGGACCCUGCUGAGUGAGCACGGGCUGCGGCUUUGCGCGCAGAGAGACGUCGUGUCGCUGAUGCUGAGCGCCGUCGGCUCGCACCUCGAGCGCACCAAGGGCGGCAGGGCCGCGGGUGCACGGCGCGCCGGUGUCCCAGGAGGCGGAGUCGCUGAGACCGCAGCUGAUCCAGGUACUGGCGACCUGCAGCCAGUUCUCCUCGGACACAGUCAACUUCUGCAUGCGGGAGGUCGAGAUGGAGCACCGAAAGCUGCUGCUGGCGGCCCUCCAGGAGGCCCCCAAGGCGGACCUGACGCUGGGCGCCACCGCCGUGGAGGGCCCCGAGGUCCAUCUCGCCGGCUCUGGCAUCCGGGCCGCGUCGCGCGGUCGCUCGCCGAAGCCGUCGUCGUCGGAAGGGGAGACGGGCGGCAGCGGCCGCCCCCCGAAGCUGGGCAGGGCCGGCGGGCCGGCCGGCAGCCGGCAGGACCUGCGAGAAGGAGCUCCGCAGGCAGGAGGCGCCAGCGGAAGCCGCAGGCCGCCUCUGGCGAGCGACGGGUCCGGAGGCUGGAGGGGCCAGUCCAUGGAGUCCGCCAGAGAGACGCCGUCUCCCUCGCGGCGGACGGGGCGCAGCCGCCGCAUCAUCGCCAGCACGGUCUCCGCGGAGGCGGCCGACCUGGGCGGCAGAGGCGGCGGGUUCUCCGAGGCCUCCACCGCGGCCUCGCCGGGCGCCUCCCCGAGACACCUCGGCCAAGGGCGACAUGCUCGACCGCCGCGACCCACG